GUGAAUUUCUCAUUUUCAGUCCUGAAUGUUUAUGGUGUUGAAGAGGUUCCGAGGGCAUCACCGAUACGAUCCACAGCGCAAAGGGAAAUCCGAAGGGCACCUGUCUACAAGCCGGCUGGUGCAGCUCCACCACGUGCGCGAGGAUUCAGACGGACAUCAACUGGAGUCAGACGAGCCCCUCACACUGCAAGCUCCUCACCCAGCCCUCAAAAAGCAAAAAUAGUUCGACCACCGCUUUCGGUACCCGUUAUUCCUAUGCCAUCUAUGGUACCGAUGAAUGUACAGUUCGUCACAUUCCCGCCGAUGAUGUCCAUUCCGACACUACCCACAUUUGCAACGAUUCCCAUGCCUACUCUUCCUACGCUUACAAUGCCGCCUUCUUUCCAACGUCUAAUGGGGAUCACUACGGCAGCACCACCACGGAAAUCGAAACACGAAGCACGGAAAACGAAACCCGAAAAAUUCAUAAACGAGGAGGAAGAGGGUGUCGAAGAGAGACCACUGAGGCCGCCAAUUGAUUCGCUGAAAAGUCUGUCACCUGUGUCAUCCCGACUACCGAAGUUUGUCAAUCCAAGGAAAAUGUCUGUAGUCUCACCGGAAACGAACGCUGAUUGGAUUGUACCGUUCUAA